AUGAUUCGCUGUCAGAAGUUUCGCCCGUCGCGUGAAAGCCGUCAGAUUUACGGUUUCCGCUUUCCCGCCAUUCUUGAGGCCACGGAACGAGGACUGGAACUCAUGCUGUGGAGCUUCAUGGCGGGAGAUCUCGGGACUGGCGUGCUCCUUGCUGGCAGCUCGCCCGAAUUCGCCGAGUGCUGCGACACGCCCAACGAAGCAGAGGCAGAACGCCUUUGCACGCAGGAAACUGUGUCGGAACUCCUCGACCAACUCACGCCCAUGCAGCGGGCCGCGGUCUCCAAUGCUGCGCCGGGCGCUUGGGGCAGUGAUGACGAUCCUUCCUGUGUCCUGUAUGACCAGUACUCAGCAGUCUGCUUCAAAGGUGCAGUGCGCCAUUCCUCGCCAAAUGAGCAGUGCACGUCGCGUGCACAGGCGCUAGUGAUCUUGCCAGCCUGCCUGCGAAUUGGCUGGUUCUACUUCACCAACAAGCAUAUCAUCAGAGGAGUGGCCUAUGGCCCAAAGCCCCGGCAGCUGCUAGACAUCUACUAUCCAAAGGAGGCUCAGACUGCGGGAGCCUACCCCGUUGUCGUAGCCGUGAUGGGCGGCGCCUGGACAAUUGGCCACAGGCUGUGGAAUGUGCUACUCGCUGCGCGCUUGGCGGAGGCGGGUGUGUUGGUCGUGGCCGUCGACUACCGCAACUUUCCUCUGGCGACCAUCCCAGACAUGCUCCAUGAUCUGGAUUCUGGCCUGGCUUGGGUUCGAAGCAAUGUGGCAUCUUACGGUGGCGACCCAAAGCGCAUGGCCUUGGUGGGUCAGAGCGCAGGGGCACACCUCAGCAGCGCGCUGCUGCUGCAAAAGUGCCGCCGAGAGGAGGAGGCUCUUGAGCUGGGAGCCGUCGCAGGCAUGAAAUGGUCUCCGAGCGAUUUUAAGGUUUUUUUGGGUGUCUCGGGCGUCUACGAUCUGCCAGCAGAGGUCGCCCACAUGGAGAGCAGGCAGAUCUUCCCUUUCCUGCAGCACCUUUGUGCAGAUGGGGACAUGGCAGCUGUCUCGCCUACACUGAUGCUCCAGGAGCCUGCCCUGCGUCGGGCGACUUCACGAAUGCCACCAGUGCACCUCAUGCAUGGGAAGGCAGACACCAGCGUCCCGUUCGAGAUAUCAACGGCUUUUGCCGACGAGCUGCGCAAGGCCGGUCUGGAAAACGUUGAGAUUAAACUGUUCGACGGCGUCACCCAUUCGCAUCCCGUUGUGGAAGGUCCGCUGGGUGGGGAGGACUAUCAGGCCCGCCUUUUGCUGCAGCACCUCGGAAUCCCGGCUCCCAGCAUCCCUGCCCGACGAUGGAUGCCACACUCGGCCCUUUCGAUUGCGUCGAGGCUCAUGCCAUUCUGA